UCGUUCACGUCACAGACUUCCUCGAGGUCUGGGUGAAAUCUGGUACCUCUGUCAGUGCUGUGGACGUCGGACCUGGAACAUCGAUCAGUGGUCCUGUUGGGUUCGCGGGAGGAGAGUGCUCUGAAAGGGAGAUGGGAGGUUAGGGCGGCCUGCCAGCUACGCCUCCUGAUCAAGAGGUGGGCAUGUUAGACGACUUGGAGGACGACCAUCCGCGUGCUCCUUUGAAACCGGGCUUGCAUGUAUCUCGCCGCCACGGUUUGCUUGGGGAGUCGACGCCACAUGGAGGCGGCGAUGGCGAACGGUUGCAACAGGGCUCAGAAUCGACGACUCCUCGUGGUCUGGUCGAAAGGAUCGGUUUGUUCGUUCGUGGCAUGCAGGUAGCCGAGGUUUCGCCUGGAGAUCGAGCGGGUGGUCCGCAGGUUCGAGAGGUGCGUGGGUCAGAUGAGACGACUCGCCGGGCCCGACCAGCGCCUGGGGAACUACAGACGGAGUUGAGCCAGGAACGAGAAGCAAGUGGGAACGUCGUCGGUGAGGAGGUGUCCGAGCAGGGGCUGUUCGGUGAGAGAUCGGCUGAAAAGACUCAGUCGGGAGGCAAGCGCAACUUGCCGGAUGAGGAAGAGCGAGAGGGACUAGGUGCUCUAAAAAGGCAGAGAAAGGUAGGAGGGAGUGCUCGGACGCCAACAACACGAGAGGGCGGUUCCGUUGAGAAGAGGAAAAGGGUUGGAGGUGGGGAUGAAACGCCAAAAGACUCGUCGACACAGCGAAGAACCGGCAAAAAAAGCCCUCGGGACGUUGAUGAAUGCAUCAACAUUAUGUGGACAAGGACAAGCGCCUUGACGACGCUGGCCCAGUUUAACGUUGACCCAUUGAGUGCCAUAGAUCACAAGGCCGCGCUGGGAAAACUAGGGCAUCAGCUACGCUCCCACACUUGCGUGCUCGACUUGUGCGAAACUGUUGAUCGUGCGCGAUGGGACUCUGCGGCAUUCGCGUCUCUGAGUGAGUUGAUGGGCUUCGUUUGUCAGGACUACUGGACAUUAGUGGUAUUCGUCCCCUGCCUGUGGAACCUCUCCUUCAUGACAUGUUUGUCUGCGCUUGGGGCUACCCGAUGCUACACGGGGAAGUGGGUUCGGAAGACGGCAUCGAAGAAGAUGCAUCAGUUCGGAAACAGCGUCCGGGAGGAGCCGGAUGUGAUGCACAUCCUUUUCAAAGGCGAGGACCCUCGGCUACUGACUCACCCGGUGUACGAGGGAGCUGUUGCUGAAGACGACGCCGCCGCUCUCCGGAGGAAACAGAAAGUGACACCCACGGAUGUGGAGGAGAAGUCUUUCAAAUGUCGUGCUGUUCUUGGGCAAGCCGCACGCGCAGGUGGUGUGGAGUCUGCUUCAGCAGGGAAGCACGUCUUGGCCGUGGAUGGGGACACAAUGCAGCUCGAAUACACCGUGCAGUAUGUCACCCAUGAAGUGUCGUCCAAGGCUUACCCAUGCGAUUUCCACCAUGUCGUGGUCGAGCCCGUUUAUGACCCGAAUAAGGACAUGCUCUUCAAGUUGACUUCGAAGAAAAGGCGCCACGUCUACUCCUUCCUUUACGGCGAACAACCAAGGUUGAGAUUUGACCCGCAGUACGUGGUGCGGAAGGAAGUCGCCAUUGCGGUCCUCCAGGGCUACCACGGAGCGAGUCGGGCCGGCGCUGUGAGCUUCAUUAAGAGGCUGGAAUAUGUCUUUUUUAACGACGAUGUUGUCGAUCCGGCCGACUUCACUUUGGAUAAGUACAAGCUGGCAUUCGACCAUUUCCAGCCAGCCCUUCCCGACGGCGAAUGGGUAGUGGCUGUGAGGGACGUAAGUGGAGGGUGGAUAUAUGACGAUCGUUGGGACCUCGAGACAUUCGAAUCUUGCGCCUACGAUGCUGUAUUGGAGAGAUUAAGUGAGGUCAAUCGACGAAGUAAGGACGACCCUGCUCUUCGCGAAUACGGGGACACACUGUUCGAGUUCUUGCAGUCAAAUAAAUGGCUGGAAGUGUCCUCCGCGUUCUACGCCCUUCCGUCAAGCCCGUCAAUUAAGCAAGUGAGUUGGAAGUUGCCUGGGGUCACCCUGCCGGCAGGAGUUGUGAAGCGCAAGUCUCGCGGAAAGGACGSCGACGGGGAUGGUGAAGGBGGCGGGCAACGAGGUACCGGAGGUGGAAGUGAACAGCGUUCGACGAAACAGCGGUCUCCGGGGCACGCAGGCGGCGGAGAGGGGAAAAAGGGCAGCCGGGAGAAGAAGAAGCCUCGCAGCGGAGAGAAGACAAAGCAUCAUAGAGGAGACGGGCAGGGGGCCGAUGUCGACCGCGACGAGGACGGUGGGGUUCUGGCGGUAACAGGCAACACCUCAAUGGAGACGGGGAACGACUUGAGGCCUGGGUGUAUUACGCGGCCUGGCGAGCAGGACCCUGUGAUUAGCUCCACCAGCGAAACACAGUUUGUCGAUGCGGUUGUUGGGGCGGGUGUCGCAAAGCAUGGAACAUGCUUCGCUCAGUUCCAAAAACGGUUGGCGGAUUAUCUCGGAUCAAUCCGAACCUCGGAGACGACCUCGUUGUCCGGAACUCAAUGCCUUCCGGGAAGCGAGACGGCAACAUACCACUGGUCCGGCAGCGACAAGCUGGAACCGUGUUCCGUUUCGCCUCAAAAGGAAUUUCGAAUUAAUCCGAACCGCGAAGGCCGUGCCAUCGAGGGGGCACAACUGUCUACAGAACUCGAACGGGUGGUCCGGGUUUUCGAAAACCCUGGCGACGGAAUUCGGAUUCAUCCGAACCAGGAAGCCGUGUCUGCCAUGACAGACGAUCGGUGUCAGGAUGCAGUAAUGCUGUGCAUGGAAGCCCAUAAGGACUGUCGGACUGAGGGUGAGUUGGCGACCAGUUCCAAUGUCGAGCCCAACAAACUCGGAGCCGAGUUAGCAGUCGUAAGCGACUCCCCGGUGAAAGCGGUCAUGUCGGCGUCAUUGGAAACUGCGGGGGCUCGGAUGAAUCCGAACCAGGGCCCUGUGAACAUCUCCCUCCCUGAUGCAUCUUUGGAGACGACCGUGAUUCGGAUUCAUCCGAGGCACACGGACGAAGGACUUCAACUGGCAGGCGUUGAGGGUUGUCGACUACUGACGACUUUGGACAAGGACAAUUCCACAGACGACCGGAUUGAUCCGACACUCAAGGACGCCGGGAUGGAGCUACUAGUUCAGCCGGGAUACAACGAUCCCUUGUACUCCGCCCUUCAUAACGAGGCGACGGGGGAGGACGAUCUGAAGAAGGCCUCUGACGCUUUUGGAGAUAGAUUUAUCUAUUUGAGUGACGACGACAAAGACACAGCGCACGGGGACAAGAAGUUAAGGGGGGGAGAGGUGUUGUUGGACAUCCAUGGGACAUUGAGCCCAACACAAUACGAUACAUUGGCAAUGGAGAAAACCCAACCUGCCGAUGCUGUGGACGUCGACGAUCUUUGUCCGGAGACGAAUAUACCGUCUACGGUCAUUGACGCCGACAUCUCAAGCCUGUCAAGUUUCCCUGUGGGUUUGGAGCACGUCGUCGCCUCGUCGACGCGCGCAGGCGUGCCAAUCAUGCUGGGACUGCCGUCGGUGGGCUCUGGUGAAGUGGUAGCUAGGCCUGGUAAGCACUGACUUUCUCUACUUUCUUCCCGCUCGUCAGCCCAUUCGUGAAGUGUUGUUUGCUUCGUCGAUUUCGGGAAGGUGUAUAGGCGGCCGCCAACUGGAUUGUGACGAAGUGCUUCGUGACGUGCUGUUUGCUUGGUUGCUCUUGCGAACUUGUGUUGUUGAUCUCCUGCUGAAAUGUCUGGGUGGCUAUUUCUUGUACAGGUCGAUGAACUCGUGGACAAACACCCAAGU